AUGACAAUAUCAGAAUAUGAAAGAGAAUUCGUCAGGUUGAGCAAGUAUGCCCGAGAAUGCAUUCCAACUGAAGUUGCUAUGUGUAAACGGUUCGAAGAUGGACUGAACAAAGACAUAAAACUUCUAGUUAGGAUUCUCGAGUUGAAAGAAUUCAUUUUUUUGGUUGACAGAGCACAUCAAGCCGGGGAGCUUAGUAAAGAGAAAAGAAAAACUGAUUUUGAAGUUAGAGAUUCAAGAAAGAGAUCAACUAGAAAAUCGUAUCAUUCAACAUCAAAAAGAUUGAAAGAAUACCAUAAUCGUUCGACUACUUCAGUGGGGUAUCCUAGCAGAGAUGGAGGUAAGCAACACGCGAGUUCUAAAGCUCAAGCAACAUCAGUAGUGAACAUUGGUAGUGUUAAAGCUAACAAGCCUCAUUUUCAGCGAUAUGGACGAAGACAUUUUGGAGAAUGCCGGAUGAAAGACAGAUUACUUGAAAAAGACAAGAUUCAGAAUGUUCAACUGAGUAAUACAGUUGCAAGAGGGAGACCGCCAAGGAACCCUAGAAAUGUGGAUCAUAGUCUUAGUGAGACUAUGGACUCUACUGUGAGGUCUGAGGCACGAGCACCAGCAAGAGCCUAUGCGAUCCGUGCGCAUGAGGAAGCUUUUGCUCCAGAUGUUAUUACUGAUACUUUUUCUAUCUUUGACACUAAAGUUACUACUUUUAUUGAUCCUGGAUCAACUCAUUCCUUUCUGGCCAAUCUGAUGCUUUUACCAUUUAAUGAGUUUGAUGUGAUUCUAGUGCUUAUAGUUUGUGAAUAUCCCAAUGUGUUCCUAGAAGAGUUACUAGAGUUACCACCGAUCAGAGAGGUCGAAUUUGGGAUUGAGUUAGUAUUGAGAACAUCACCGAUAUCGAUAACUCCGUACAGAAUGGCUCCUACAGAGUUGAAAGAGUUGAAAUCUCAAUUACAAGAGUUAACAGAUAAAGGUUUCGCUCGACCUAGCUUCUCGUGUUUGGGUGCACCGGUUUUGUUCCUUAAGAAAAAGGAUGGGUCAAGGAGAAUGUGUAUUGGUUACUGA